GCGGUUACAAGCGUCUCGCGUUCGUUCAUUUCAUUCAUUGCUGGUUUACCUCUCGAGCCGUGCGGACGUGUCUGGUGGUUUUCGCUCGUCGUCGUAGGUUUGUGGUCCCGGUCUCGGUGUUGUGCCAAACAGUUUUUACGCUUACGCCCUGCGGGUUGUUAGCUUGCAACAGCAUCGUUUCGGUUUCGAUACUGCAGUCCCCCGUGUGUGUGUGUGUGUAAUUACUCUGCUGUGCUUUAAAAAAAACAAGAACAAGUGCUCGCGCAAAUGGUGCCAAGAUAGAAAUGGUGAUGGUGCUUCCGCUUUCACUGCACUGCAUUUCCCAAAAAGCGUGCCUAGCGUUCAAUUAUUAACAAAAAGAAAAAAUGAAGUGAAUAUCGCCCAAAGUCGCCAAAAUACUCUGGUGCGUUGCGCGGCCGGGUCAAUCGCGUGUUGGAGGGCACAACGUGCUCGCUUGUUCGCUCGCCCCGUGUCUCUGUGGCUGUGUGUAUGUGUGUGUACGUUUGUGUAAUUGUUCUGUGUGCUUAAAAUUCUAAACAAUUGCUCCACCCCGCGCGUCCGCUUAUCACGGUCAGUCACGGAAAACCGGAUCGCACAUUCCGGUAGCAUUGCUGCUGGCGCCAACUUCCGUCCAUAUUUCCGAACCGAACCGGAGAGAGAGCGCAGUUUUAUUAGGCGCCCCCGGGAGGCCGUUUGAUGAUUUAUAUCGCACAGCAAUAUAAAUAAACCCGCCCGACCCGACUAACCGUAACCCGACCCGCUCAAGAAGGUCCGGAGAAGAGGCAGGGGGAGGGGCAGAGUGUUUGUGUGCGUGUUUUAGUGGCGAAACUUUUCUCUCUCGGCGUAAAGAAAAAAAAACAUAACAGUCGUUGAUCCAGUGAGGAUCCUGUGCUCUCGAUCGAUCUAGCGUGGUUCUGUCGUUCUCUGUGCGCAGAAAGUUCUUAACCCCAUCCCGGGUCUAGCAUCCCAGUCUCCAGAGUGAAAACGGACGUCUUACUCUUCGUCCCUAAUCGCCCUCUAAAAGCGCAUCGCGUUGAAACGUCACGCCAGAGCGUUGUGCGCGCCGCUUUUUCCCACGUUGACGCCAUCCGAGAGUGAUGCAAUUGUGGUGCUGAUUUGUGGUGCUUUGCCCAUCCCCGUACGUUGUCCAACUAGCAGCAGCAUCCUACUCACCCAGCUAGAAAUAUUUCCAACCCCGUCGGUCGCAACACCGCAACACACGGUCGGCAGACACGAACGCGCGUGGGGCGGCGAUCGCGGUUUUUUUGCGAGACUUUAUCAUCAUCGCUUAGUGUGGUGCCCCGUUGAACGGAACGUUCAAGAUGAAUCUAAUGAUGAAGCUGCUGGUGCUACUAUCGUUUCUGCUCGUCCACUCGUCCGGCCACCGGAUACAGCUGUCCGACUCGAUCCUGGACAUCAUCAACACCCGGCACGUCGAGCAGAUACUGGCCGAACGGCGGGCGAACGCGUCGCGCGAAAACGAAAAGCGCUACCUCGUCCAGAAUGACCUCGACGAGGACGUUACCGAGGACGGUGCCGACCUGUACCAAACGCCCGAGGUGGCGCUAGACUUUGAUUUUCACGGCCGGCGCCAAGGUGGUCACGGAUCGCGCCACUCCGGUUCGCCCGGCCAUGGUCCCGCGCUCCCGCACAACGGAUCCGGCGGCAGUGCAUCGUCGUCGUCGUCGUCGGGCGAUCUGCUCGCCGAUCUGCACGCCUACCGGGGCGACAAGCUGCUGAAGUCGAGCAAGAACGCACUGCUGGUCACGCGCAAGGAGUAUCUGAAGAAGGACUGGUGCAAGACGGAACCGCUGGUGCAGCGGAUCCGGGAGGAGGGCUGCCUCAGCCGGACGAUCGUGAACCGCUUCUGCUACGGCCAGUGCAACUCGUUCUACAUCCCGAAGUCGCCGAAGCGCAGGCGCCACCACGCCGGCAAACCGACCGUCUCGAGCUACUCGGUCACCAGCCGGCGAGAUCUGGCGGACGGCGGUGGCGUCGGCGGGGGCGGUGGCGGCGACUUCGAGGACGAGGAUCUGACCGGGCCGGCGUUCCGCUCGUGCGCCUUCUGCAAGCCGAAGAAGUUCACCUGGAUGACGGUGACGCUGCGCUGCCCGUCGCUCGUGCCGCAGCUGCGGCGGAAGCGCAUCCAACGCAUCAAGCAGUGCAAGUGCAUCGCCGAACCGCUGAACUAGGAGAUGGGCGUCUGUGUGUGUGUGUGUGUGCGUGAAAGAGCAGUAUGUAUGCGAGUGUGUGCGUGUGUGUCCGGCAGAGUGAAGGUUAGGGUUACGUUUUGAUUAGUAUUAUUGUUCGUACGUAGGCAGUAGCUGUUACUAUUAUGUUUUGCCGUCGUUGUUUCCAACCCCGAGCCCGAUCCAAUCUCCCCACCUUCCAGGCAUUUGUGCACUUUGGAGCCAUCGUGCAUCCAAUUGGAAUGCGUACGGGGAAACGGGGUGCCGGGGAAGGGGGUGGAAUUUUUAAACCAUAAAGCGCGCUGCUAUCACCAUUUUAGAAUUUAGUUUGGAGCCAUCUUUGUUGUGAAAGGUGAGGGUUAUGUUGUUGUUUCGUUUUUAUUGCUGUACGAUAUGAACCAAGCAGAGCAGAGAGCGAGAGAGAGAGAGAGAGGGAGGGGGGGGGGAAGGGUAGGGAUGGCAGGAGACUCGAAACGAACUGGAACAUCCUUGUCAGUUAGCCCCCAUGCCAUCCCUCUCGAAUGGUGCGCGCUGGCCAACCUUCCAUUUACGUCCAUUUGCGCACGAGCACGAGGCGUUUGUUUUUGGGACGUUUGGGCCGAAGAUAAAGUUACCGCGAAGUGGUGGGCCGCGCCGCGGAAACCACGCCGUUGGACAUCCCCAUCCCCCCGGCCGUCCGGGGGUUGAGAUCCACCCGUAGGAAGGUGGUAAUUUUCACCCCGCCGUUCGCCCCCGGCUUUAGCGCUUAGAAUGAUGAAUGGUGCGCGAAUUUGCCAAAAGCGAACCUCGAGCGCGUGCGCAUGUACAUGUGGGCAUACAGCGGCGGCUCACCGUGAACAGGAAUGGUCACUACCUGGCGAAGGGGGGGGGGGGGGGAGGAAGCCCCCUCUCAUGUGGGUCACAAGAACGAGAACCGGUGGUAUUGCCCGUUUGAAUGGGAUGAUGUUUUAAUGAAACGUUUUGCGGGUAGAGUGCACGGGAGCUAAAGAAACCCCCCUCGUUUGCCGGAUGUUCUGCCGCUCUGUGGCAAGAGUCGGAGCGAUGCAGUAACUGUCCUUUAGUGGUGGUAGUUUUCCAAUAGGUUCCAAUGUGCAGCGCGGCACACAAUAAUGAGCCGCAAAGUGUCUAGUAAUGAGCAGUUGGUUGCGGCACCCCCGGCAGCUGUCUAUCGUUGACUCAUCGCCGGUUUGCAGUGUGCAUCACUAUGCUUCCUGCAUUUGGCGCACGUGACCGCAGCCGCUGGAUUGAUUGGAGCUCAUUCAUUCGGCUUUAUGCCCCUCCCCCUCCCCUGGCCGGUCGGGCCCGGAUGAGUGAUCGCUUUGUGACGCUAACGCGUUCGCGCUCCAAAUUCAGCCACUGCCGCGUCUACUGCAACCACGGUACGUGCCCCGUACGCCGUCCAUGAACUUGGAGCACUUGUAUCUCUCUCUGUCUCUCUGUCUCUGUUGCGCUCAUCCCACUCUGAUGUCAUGCUUUGGUGGCCGAUGAGCCUCCGAACCGAGUCCGCAUCGAUCGUCGAUGAGAUAAUCUUCCGGUUCGGAGGGAUCAUAAGGUGGGGAGGAAGGGCUCCUACCGUGCCCGGAGCGAAUAAAUUAGUUAUGAUUGGAUGAGGUGAGCCGCGCGGGGACGGGUGGAGAAGAUGUCACCGAUCGGCAGAGGUCGCAGAUAUGUGUGCUGGGCCCGCAGAAAUCGGAUAGACUCUCGCAAUGGCGGUGUUAAUUAUGGACGACCGUUCGACUGCUUUUUUGGGCCCGUUGGACCCCUCGCCUCAUCUUUGGCUGGGGGUUUUGCUGUGCUCGCUCCUUGGCUCAGUGGCCGCAUGUAUCGGAUUUCCGUGCCGCCAAAACGACGCAAUAGGUCGGCCGGUGGUACGGUGAGUCAUGCCGACGUUUUGGCAUCGCACGAGCCUCCUGCCGCCGAAUGGUGCCUGCGCGCGAGUAAUUCUGUCACCAGCGUCUGCAUAAGUCACCACCCAGCAGCAGCAGCAGCAGCACACCUUCGCUGUGGUGGUGGUGUUGUGCUAAAUUUGUGUCCAAAAUGCGUGUGUUUCUUUUUUGGCCGUUGGUGUUGCGCGCUCACAUCUGUGUGUAAGCCACACGGGCAGUCGAACGGAAUCACCUGCAUUGGCGAGACCGGUCGGCCGAUGAAUCAGCACCGCUGGAGUUCCUGGCGCGGAAUCGGGCACGCGGGCGGCAGGGUUGCUGAUUGAGCCGGGGCGUAGAUCAAUUAUCGAUCGCGACGGGAAGCAGUCAGCCAGAGCGCUUGCAGUGCUUUCCCCGCUUGCUGGAUGGCAUUUGCAGUGGCAUCCGUUUAUGAUGCUAAUGUGUGUGUGUGUGUGUUUGUCCUGUGCAUGAGAGGGGGGGAAUGCAGGUUUGUAAGGUGAUGGAAGCCUUUCGGGUGUGUGAAUUUAUGUGAAAUGAUCUCCCGAUCGUACAUCGAUCGUUGUGAGUAGCGUGGGAUAGCUAUGCACAGAGAUGGAUAAGCCAAAGGAUGGAGCGCGCCCGCACGGAAUAGAAGCAUAAAUAGCACACACACACACACACACACA